ACAAAUAGUAAAAGUAUUCUUCUUUAAUUAAAAGAAAGAAACAACCCUUAAACGUCGUACGAGUAUGACUUGUAUGAGUGAAUGAUUCCGAAUAACAGAUAUAAAUUAAGAUCAGGGUCGUAUACAAUUCACAAAAAUAUUGGUAUAAGUUUUCUGUAAAAAAAAAAAAAAAAAAAAGUGCAGGCCUCUGUUCUUUGUCGUCAAUUUCCUUCACUGGAAAAAUGAGAAUGAAAAGAAAAUCCCUAAUUGAGGAAAGGUAUUACGGGAUCAAAAAGAGGCAGAUGAGUUUUAUAAAGAUGGUACAAGAAAGAGCUGUUAAAAUGAAAACUUCUUGGGUGCCUUUUUUACCUAAUGAUUUGAUGUUUAAGGUCUUUCUUUUAUUACCAAUCAAAUCUCUUUUGAGGUUUACUUGUGUUUGCAAGGCAUGGUAUAAGUUGAUCCAUUGUGCUGAGUUUGUUGAGGCUUACAAUAAUCAUGCUGAGACCACCCCUAUCAUACUCCGGGGAGUUGAUAACAAAAGACCGUUCACAUUCCAUGUCGAAACCCAACUCAGCCAAGCUGAAAGCUUUUGUUUGUUUCCUUGUAGCUCGGGGACUAAACAAAGCAAGUCCAUCCAUUUCUUGGAAAUUGACAAUGAGAAGGGCAAGUUAAUUGACCUCAAUAUUAGCUGUUCCGGAUCACUUGUAUCCACUUGCAAUGGGUUGAUUUUGAUCACCUCUAUGCAAGGACUUAUGAAGGAAAGAAAUUCCUUUUUGGAUCAGCCUUUGGUUGGCAGUCAAGAAAAACCAGGGCGGUUAAUUGUGAUGAAUCCUAUGACGAGAAAAUUGAUAGGGUUUCCUCCAGGAACUCUUCCGAGUAAACUUCAUGAGGAAUCGUAUGGGCUAGUUUAUAGCCAUUUAGAAGGUGUUUUUAAAGUGGUGCAUUUGUUCAAGGAUAAAUCAGGGUGUAUUGCUUGUGAGAUUUUAAGCUUGCAGACAAGAUCAUGGAAAGCGGUUAAUGGGCCAGUUGGAACGCUUUUUAAUAAAUUAGGCCAGGCACCUAUUUCAGCUCUUGGAGCUUUGCACUGGCUUCCUGGUCCAUCUAAUUCCAAUUAUAUAAUCUCUAUGGGGGCUGAUGAUGAAAAAUUCUCCGUGACAGACCUUCCAAUGACCAUGGGAAUGUAUGAUAGGCUAGUCGAAAUGGGUGGUUUUCUGAGCUUUGUGAACAGUUUGGAUAUGGACCAUAUAGAUGUGUGGGUCUUGAAGGGGUUAGAAGGAACGAAGUGGGUAAAGCAGCACACCAUUUGCAUCGAUGCUCUUUUGGGUUAUGUGGAUAAUGAGGAGUACUCUUUACCUUCUUUUGGUUUGAAUGCCAAAGAAAUGGUAUUUAGGAGAAAAAAGAGAUUGUAUUCUUACGACUUUGAGCUUGAAGAAAUCAGAGAGAUUGAAAUGGACCAUGAAAGUAUCACAGCAUAUGAGAAUAUUAUACCCCACUCGAAUAACCUUGCUACAUGGGAAUCUCUUGAACCAAUGAGUUAAUCCUGAAGAUUUUUUGCACCAUGCCUUGAAGUUCUUGAAGGCCUGAAGCUGCUCGAGAACAUCUGAACAUGCGUUAAGCAAACCGUGUUCAUUAUGUUCCUUUCCACUCACAUAUAUAUUCAUAAUCUAUUUGAAACUUUGGAUCAGCUCGAUGACUUGAUUUUAUGGUCGUGGUUUGAUUAUAGGUAUGCUGCCAUAUGCAGUCCACAUAUAUACACUCUUGUAUAUUUGGAAGUUGUUGCACUAAGAGAUUGAAGUAUUUAUGCAGAUAUAGAGCUUGUUCCAGUGAUCUAAAAUUGUGUUUAAGGCGCAUCUUUUACCUUCUAUUUUGCGGGUUUGUGCUAACACGAUCUUUGCUGUUUGUACUUCCUCCGUUUUUUUAGUUGAUACCAUUUGACUUUUACACUAUUCA